AGUGAAGCAUUUGCCUGCAUGCUGUCCUGUGCUCGGCUCACCGCUCUAACUGCGAGUGAAGGUAAAUUUGACUUGAGGCUCGGCAUAGUGGGAGUCACUCUGUGCCACACCGGGAGUGCCUUUGGGAGAAGUGGGGGUUGUUUGCAGAGAGGAGGUCAUUCAAGCAGUGCUUGAUGGAGGGGAGAGCAAGACAGGAGGAGGUAGACAGCAGUUUUCAGCCCUUUUAAAUCUUUCAUAAGGGAGAUCCUUCAACAUCAAGCUGCCUGGGUGGACAUUGCAAAAGAGCUGGUACUGAGGUGUGUGUUUGGCAGGCGCCACUAAUUACACAGGGACAUAGAGAAAAAGAAGCAGAGUUAUAGAGCACUGGGGUGAGCGUGUUACAGACAGCAAGACCAGGAGGGAAAUAGUAGAGAAGCAUUUUUGAGAAUAGGAAUUCUUCUCUUCUGCAAGAAGUAGAUGUGACCCUAUUGUGGGCGAAGCUCCUCUGAGAACCUCUGAUGAACAGAAGACCAGCAGGAAAGCACGGUGCAUUACUCAAAGGAAAGAAAGAGGGAGAGGGCACGCCUGCCGGCUGGCUAAUCCUUGACCCUGUGAAGAACGGGCAACACAAACAACAAAAGGGUAUGAUUGAGCUGGCCUUUUUUUCUGGGUGAAUGUUUGUGUGUGAGGUAGCCUCAAUCUUUCCGCCAUAACAUUUCAACCCAGCGUAAACUUCUCUGUGGCAAGAGAAGGAUGAAAUCAGCUGUACAUGACUAGCUGAUGUGACUGAAUUGGGAUGGAAAGGGCAGAAUUUAAAAAAGUAAAGAAAGACUCAACCCAGGUUGCAGGGAUGUCAUCCAACGAGCUGAGCGUUGAAAUGGAUUCCUGCAUUCGGACAUUCAAGGAGCACAUGCACUUGGAGCUGGAGCCUCCAAAAAUCCCAGGUGUGGUCGGAGGGAAGAGGGGCGCCACAUCCCCAAAACUGUCCCCAAGAAGCUCCCCGCGCCUCUUCCGCAAGCUGAUGGUCAACAAGAGCAUACGCCAGAGACGACGCUUCACUGUAGCCCAUACCUGUUUCGAUGUGGAGAAUGGCCCGUCCACCAGCUGCAGCCCUCUGGACCCCCAGGCCUCCCCCGGCUCUGGUCUGGUCCUACACACUAACUUCCCCGGUCAUAACCAACGGCGAGAGUCCUUCCUCUACCGCUCUGACAGCGACUAUGAUCUGUCACCCAAGUCUAUGUCACGAAACUCCUCCAUCACCUCUGAACUACAUGGUGAUGACCUGAUAGUGACACCUUUUGCUCAGGUUCUGGCAAGCCUUCGAAGUGUGAGGAAUAACUUCACUGUAUUGACCAAUGUCCAGUGUGCCUCCAGCAAGAGGUCGCCUGCAGCAACCACUCAGCCUCCAAUCACCAGAGUUUGUCUCCCAGAUGAGGCGUACCAGAAGCUGGCCAUGGAGACAAUGGAGGAGUUGGACUGGUGUCUGGACCAGCUGGAGACCAUCCAGACCUACCGCUCCGUCAGUGACAUGGCCUCUAACAAGUUCAAGAGAAUGUUGAAUCGGGAGUUGACGCACCUAUCUGAGAUGAGUCGGUCUGGGAAUCAGGUUUCCGAAUUCAUCUCUAACACCUUCCUAGACAAACAGAAUGAGAUGGAGAUGCCGUCGCCGACAUCCAAGACGAAGAAGCAGCAGAAGCAGCAGCUGAUGACACAGAUCAGCGGAGUCAAGAAGGUCUCCCAUGGGCCGUCUCUCUCCGGCAGCAGCAUAUCACGCUUCGGCGUCAAGACCGAUAAGGAGGAGCUGCUGUCCAAGGAGCUGGAGGACCUCAACAAGUGGGGCCUGAACAUCUUCACUGUUUCAGAGUACUCCCACAGCAGGCCUCUUACUUGCAUCAUGUACGCCAUCUUUCAGGAGCGAGACCUGUUAAAGACAUUUAAGAUCCCCGUGGAUACGUUGGUGGCCUACAUGAUGACAUUGGAAGAUCACUACCAUUCAGAUGUGGCCUACCAUAACAGCCUGCACGCUGCCGACGUAGCCCAAUCUACACACAUCCUCCUCUCCACUCCAGCGCUGGAUGCGGUCUUUACAGAUCUUGAGAUCCUAGCAGCCAUCUUUGCUGCAGCUAUCCAUGAUGUUGACCAUCCUGGAGUAUCAAACCAAUUCUUAAUCAACACCAACUCUGAGCUGGCACUAAUGUACAACGAUGAGUCUGUGCUGGAGAACCAUCACUUGGCUGUGGGAUUCAAGCUACUACAGGAAGACAACUGCGAUAUCUUCCAGAACCUCACCAAGAAGCAGCGACAGUCCCUCCGCAAGAUGAUCAUCGACAUGGUUUUGGCCACUGACAUGUCCAAACACAUGAGUCUGCUGGCUGAUCUGAAGACUAUGGUGGAGACCAAGAAGGUGACAAGCUCUGGAGUGCUGCUGCUGGACAAUUACACCGACAGAAUGCAGGUGCUGCGUAACAUGGUGCACUGUGCUGACUUGAGUAACCCCACCAAGUCCCUGGAGCUGUAUCGUCAGUGGACUGAUCGUAUAAUGGAGGAGUUCUUCCACCAAGGAGACAGAGAGAGGGAGAGGGGAAUGGAGAUCAGCCCUAUGUGUGAUAAACACACAGCCUCGGUGGAGAAGAGCCAGGUGGGUUUCAUUGACUACAUUGUACAUCCUCUGUGGGAGACCUGGGCCGACCUGGUCCACCCUGACGCCCAGGACAUUCUGGACACCCUGGAGGAUAACAGGAACUGGUACCAAAGCAUGAUCCCCCAGAGUCCCUCCCCGCCCUUCUACGACCAGGUCACACACGGACACAGUGGAGGGACUGGAGGUCAGGGAGGCGGGGAGAAAUUUCAGUUUGAGCUCACCUUGGAGGAGGAGGACUUGGAUGGAAUAGAGAAAAAUGGCGAAGGGGAGGAGGACGAGGAGGAAGAAGAAGAGUUAGAAGAGGAGGAAGAGGAUAGUCUAGGAGAUUCUCGUUCUCCUCCACUGGACUAUUUGGAAAAUCAGGAGCUUGAGGAGGGCAGCAUGAUGGAGCCGGCAAUAGAGAUUGUGACACAUGAGGCGUCGCCCACAGACACAUAGGGCUUCCAUCAUCAGGCUCACGUGGUGAUUUAAAAGUUUUUUGGCAAAAGAGGGGAGAUCCUCUUGCAGCUGUGUUUAAGCCCACAGAAGCAAGGGCUUAGUUUGGUCCCGCACAGGGGCGUCUUGCACUUGGGUGUUUGAAGCAGACACGGACGGACAGUUUCAGUGAGUCGGCUUCAGAGUUCUCAGGAAAUAAUUACUGCGAACAUUUUAGUCUUGAUGGACAGGCGAGACUGAGGGUGGAACAUGAAGGAUUUCGGCCAGUUUUGGAAAUAGUACUUUUCUUUUCUGGACUGGCAUUAAACGGACAUUGACACUACUGAGAGACGUUUUGUACCUUAAGACUUUUUUUACAGAUAUGAAAUGAUCUAGAAGUAGCAUAGAGUAAGAUCUACUGAUGGAUACACAUUUGUAUAGCAAGAGAAAGAGUUUACUUUUUUCCUGUACCAUUUGUGAAAGGACUUUUGUGUGCCUUUUUUACUAUUGUCUUUAUAAUAGUUUUUUAUUUAUUGAACACACUAGUAUGUCUGUGAAAUGUUUUUUUUUCCUAUCUGAAAGAGCAAAAUCUUUUUUAUAUGUUAAAAAGAGAACAGUCUUCCAUGUAUUGGGCAAUAGAGAAAUCCAAACAAAUGUCGACAAACAACUCUUGGACAAACUCAUCGGAAUAGGGAACCAUUAACACCCACAUUUUACGCACAUUUUCUUACUUUUGUUUUUCAUCCUGAGCACAAUGUUAUACACGUGGAAUUCAGACGCUUAUGGUUCACUCAUGGUUCAUGUUACAUGUUUAGUUUGUCGCUUUCUCUAUCAGAUGUCGGUCCAUGAAUGUCACAGUCACAUUAAAUACAUAAUCUAUUUUCAUACUUCAUCUCUCUGUACAUCAUAUCUACUCUGGUCUGCAGACCAUUGGGGCCUCCGAUCUUUUCACAACAGAACUUUACUUGUAAUGCCAAAUCUCAGCAAGGAUAUGAAAUCCUUCAUUUAAAACUAAAUGGUAGAUAUUCCAGAUAUUCAGAUAUUCCUGCUAAAUUUUUAGUGUAACUUUAUUGGGACAUUUCCUAUGUAAGAUUUUGUCUUUUUGACUUUUUUUUUGUUUUUGUGGUGUUGUGAAAAAGAGGUUAGUCCAGUUCAAACCUUCAUAACCUACAUGAAUCUACCACAAGGUGAAAUCAGCAGAAAUACAAACAGCUCAUGACAACAAGCUGCUUAGAUCUGUGAUAAAAUGAGAAACAAAGUCUGCCAAGGACGAAAUGCACAACAGCGGUGAAUCUAUUUUUAGCCCACAGGUAUGUUGCAGUUUUAAUAAUCCUGUUAGAUAGAACAGGUCCUGACCCCAGACCUGCCUAAUGUAACGCGCCCCUGCCACUCUGCAAUCACGCCCGGACCAGAUGAUUAAAGGUGCUCUUACAGCUGCCUGUCUGAAAGACGCUCUCAGGCCCUAAUCAGCUCCACUAUUCACAUGGUUCACAAACCCCUCUGGGCUCCACGGACACAACCCCAAAACAAUCAGGCUAUUUCUUCCUCACAAUAAAAAUCCCUCAAGUGCAGCGGCUGCUCAUUGACGUCAAUUGAUUUUUUUUUAACUCUCCCCCUCGGCUGUAUCAUGUUUCCAGGACAGUCGGGUUAUUGGGAUUUGGUACAGAUGGAAUUGCUGGACUUAUCAUGGGAGACUAUUCUGGAAAAAAAAUAUGUGAUAAGUAAUUUCUCUAGUUUUGAAACAGACCAAAAAACGCCUCUUUGUGUUUCUGAAAAUGGUUUGCAGACCUCACAUUUCUACGGCCUAUAGCUUCCACAACAGAUUUUAUGGAUUUUCUAGUUGCAUCUAUAAUCACAUCUCUCCAUUUUCACAUUGGUUUACUGAUAUACUCAAGAGGUACUUCAUCUAAUUUCACUCCAGCAUGCUUAAGUGGCAAUCGUUUGUGUGCAGCAUGUAUGUUGUAUGUAUGUAUGUAUGGAAGGUUUUGUAUGUGUGUGUGUGUGUGUGUGUGUGUGUUUGUUUGGAUGUGUUGACUUUGUCAUCAGGCCUUAUCCCAUCACUCCAUGCCUUUGUCUCUACUGUUUGUCGCUAGGAGCUCAAGUUGGUCCUUUUUGCUGUUUAUAACAGUGUGUAUUUAUUCUAUACUUUAAGCUUGUAAAUAAGAAAUACUGGUUCAGUGUAAAAUCUAUUUUAAUUUAUAUGCACUUGCAUUACCUGGAAGUGGUGGUGUCUAAUGUGUAGAAGACUCUGGAUUAGAGUCUUUUUAUAUAUGUAUUAUAUAUUGUUUUUUAUAUAUAUAAAUACAUAUAAGUAUAUAUUCGCACAAUGUUUUGAGAGCCCAGCAGAGCAGCAGCUAAAGAGACUCGUUGUUGUCACAUGAGAACCUUGUAACUACAACAUUGACUUUUUAAUUUUCACAUAAAAGUUCCUCUUUUAAUGAAAUGUCACAGACAAUACAAGACUUUAUAUUAAGCUUAUUAUGCAUGAAUAUUAAACCAAAAAUGUUCCCACUCUGACAUCACCUGAAAUCAUAAUAUCAUGGUAUGUUUUCGUAUUUCUGAAAAUUCUUGUUUCUCUCUCUGUGAAAUGUAAACUUAGUUACAUUUCUUUAAUAAUAGCCGAAAUGUUAUAGAGGACUUUGAAUGUCCUCAUUUCAUUUCUUAGAUACUUUUGUUUUUGGUAGAAAACAAUUUUGGUUCUACUGAGUUUUUGAAGCUACAAGGUUUUCAUCUGACAGCAGCAAUUUGGUAACCCAGAAGCAACAUAGAGGACAUGUUAAACUACAUGUGCUUGGAUAUAGGAUACAUACAAGCUAGCUAGGGAACACAGAACCUUGGUAUCAAAGUGCAGAAAUAGCUUAUUUUCUCUAAGCAGCUUGUCACACACAACCUAAGCUCCAGCAUUUGAAUGCAGAUUGCUGAUAUAUGAGGCCAGAUAGAUACAUGUUUGAUGGACAAACACAAAGCGAUUGUCUUCUUUUACACUUAACGCACUUCAUGUAAAAGUAGAUAACACAGGGAUGGUAUUGGUAGCAUGCUACAAUACGCCCGGCACUGACGUGAAUCAUUCUGAAAUAACAACAAAACAUGAUCGUAUGUAACUGAUUGUGCUAAUGUGUGAACUCUUUCUGACCAAACUUGUUAGCAGUUUUGAAAUUCAAAAGUGUCAGUAUUAACAUUGUUUAUCUAUGUUCAAGCUUUUUUGGUCCUAGUUGUUUCAAAAUGGUUAGCCAGAUUUAGCACUAUCUGCAUGAGAGAUGGUUUUUUUUUUUUAAUUGUCAAUAAUAUGUUCAAGUCCGCCAGUUGUUGCAGGUGGGUUAUUAAAUGUUUCACACAAUGUAUGGUAUUAUAUUGUAUAUUGUGUUCAAGAAUACAUCUGAAAUACUUUUUCUAUUAAGUGAUUAAAAGCAAAGCAUGAAUAUAUU